AUGUCGUCCCAACUCAAAUCUAUGAUCCAAACCAUCAAGCGAAACCCGCUUAAGUCUCGCGGUGAGAGACCGGGUUCUGUAGUCAAUGGCACUCCUGUCGAGGAGAAAACGGGUAUUCUCCAUGAUAUUACCCACCUCAGCAUGAAGGAUAAGGCGACAAUGGCCCAAGCCAUUACCACGCUAGCAUCUGGUGAACCGAUUGACGACAAAAAACUCAUGCUUGAAAAUGGUGUAACCAUGCUUCAAGGUCUUCCGCCAAACAGCGGACUGAGCCAAAAAGUGUCUGAUGGGUUUAUUACAAUGCUUUGGCACGAUCUGCCACAUCCAUAUCCCACUACAGCUGGCCCAGAGGCUAGGUAUCGAAGACAUGAUGGCGGUGGGAAUGUUCCGUGGAACACCGAAUUGGGAAAGGCCGGAUCUCCAUAUGCGAGAAAUGUUCCACCCAUGAAGCCAAAGGGCCCGAAUUUGCCAGAUGUAGAGUCUGUCUAUGAAGCUCUGCUGAAGAGAGAAGGCCCGUUCCGCAAGCACCCUUCUGGGCUGAACCGCAUGUUUUUCUCAUUCGCCACGGUUGUUAUUCAUGAGUGCUUCCAGACCUCACGAAAGGACCCUUCCAUCAACGAAACUUCGAGUUAUGUAGAUCUCAGUACUCUGUACGGAAACACAGAUAAGGAACAGGUGAGGGUGAGGACAUAUAACAAUGGUCUCAUUCAUCCAGAUUCAAUUGCUUCUGAAAGAAUCAUGAUGAUGCCUCCAGGUGUCAUUGCGGUCCUGCUUAUGUUUUCGCGAAACCACAACCGGAUCGCCCGAAAUCUGUUGUCGAUUAACGAAGGAAGCAAAUACAAGCCGUGGGAUAGCCUUGAUGAUGCUGGCAAGAAAUGGCAAGACGAGGAUAUCUUCCAACUUACCCGAAACAUAAACGUUGGAUAUUUCGCUUCCUGCGUUCUCGGAGACUACGUCGCCGCUAUUCUCAACACCCCACGAGCCAACUCUGAGUGGUCCCUCAAUCUUGGAAAGGAGAUCAAGGAAGGGGCAAAGCGUGUAGAGCGUGGUUCUGGUAAUUUGGUGUCUGUUGAAUUCGCUGUCCUGUACCAUUGGCAUGCCGCGCUUAGCGCUGCUGAUGACAAAUGGAUGGAGGAGUUGAUUCGAUACGAUUUCCCAGACCUCAAGGACUUAGAGGAUGUUACUGUUGAGAUGUUCCACAAGGUUAUGAAGACCUGGGGCCACAAAUUGAUGGUUACUCCUCCAAAGGACUGGACAUUUGGCGGGCUUGACCGUCAGGCAGAUGGCACCUUCAACGAUACCGAACUCGCUGAGAUCAUCAAGAGCUGCAUUGAAGAGCCCGCCCAUGAAUUUGGUGCUCACGGUACUCCCGCCAGUCUCAAGGUGGUUGACAUCAUGGGCCAACUGCAGGCAAGAAACGUCUUCAAUGUCUGCACAUUAAACGAAUUCCGAAAGUACCUUAACUUGAAGGAGUAUGAAACAUUCGAAGAUUGGAAUCCGGACAAAGAAACUGCAAGACGGGCCGAGCUUUUAUAUGGUCACAUCGACAAUAUGGAGUUGUACCCUGGUUUGAUGGCUGAGUGCACCAAACCAGCCAUUCCCGGUAGCGGAGUUUGCCCGGGACAAACAACUGGCCGUGGUAUCCUAGAUGAUGCCGUGGCCUUGGUCCGUGGAGAUAGAUUCCUAACCUACGAUUUCAACAGCAACACAUUGACUAACUGGGGUGCCUCUUCGCUCUCCGAACGUGCUCCAGGAGCAUACGGUGGUAUCUUGCCAGUCGUGCUUAUGAAUGGUAUUCCUGGCGAAUUCACAGGUACUUCAUCAUACUCGCUGCUUCCAUUCUAUACACCGGAGGCUGCUCAGGGAAUUUUGAAGGGCAACAAGGUUACGGGCAAGUACAUCAGUGCUAGACCUCCAACGGGCAAAGGUCUCGUCAGUGUUCAAUCUGAGGCCGCAGUCAAGCAGAUUCUCGGAGAUGCCGAUGGCUUUAAAACCCCAUACCCAUCUGAGAUCCCUGCUAGCAAAAACGGUCAUGACUUCUUAAACGGAUGGAACGACCUCAAGCGUCACGAUUCUAUGACCAGCCCAAUUCAUAAGUCUUUGAUCGAGGAAGGUUUUGAGAAGAAUGUUUCUCUCUUCUUUAGCUCGAAGAUGAAGGCCCUCAUCGAGAAAAACACUUUAUCCUUCAAGAAGGGCAGGAAAUCGAUCGACAUUGUUCGUGACGUUACAAACGUCGUCCCUAUUUUCUGGGUCGCGGAUCGAUUUGCUGUUCCGCUUAAGACCGCAGAGACACCCCGUGGUGUUUUCACACCGUUUGAGGCUUUUGGUAACUAUUUGGGUGUCUAUCUUUACCAAAACUUCAAUGUUCUACCAGUUCUAGAAUGGCGCUUGCGCGAAUCUGCAGUCAAAGCUGCUAGCUCGCUGCUCUCCGUCUUCGAGACCCACCUUAAGACACAAAAGGGAAUUACAGAGACUGUUGUCGACUGGCUUGCGAAGGGUAGCGCUUUUCAAGUCGGUCCUCAUGCCGACCGCCUCUACCACGCUCUCAACGACUCCAAACAGGCAAUUCCAGAUUCUGCGGCGGACAUGCUCAACAUGAGCGCCCCACUUGUCUCCAUUCUUACUCACCAAGCCUCCCUCCUUAUUGACUUGUAUCUCAGCCCUGGCUACGAACAGUACAAGGAACGCUUGGUACAAUUGGCCAACGCAGAUGCUGCAUCCUCCGAGCAAGAGCUUCGCGGUUUCGUCUACGAAGGUAUUCGUCUUGCCCCCGCAGUUCUUGGUGUCCCGCGUGUCGCCAGCAAGGACAUCACUAUCAAUGAUGGUGCCCGAGGGCCUAUCAAGAUUCAAUCCGGCCAGACUGUUCUUGCUGCUACUUCUGCAGUUGGUUUGGACCCUACUGCCUUCCCAGAGCCAGAAAAAGUCAACCCUACACGCCCAUUGGCAGAUUAUGCCGUUCUCGGUAGCGGUUUGAACUCUUGCUAUGGUUCCAAGUUGAUUGGAGCUGCUCUCGCCUCAACAUUGAGGGAGGUCUUCAAGCUCAAGAACGUGAGAAAGGCAGCCGGAAAGUUGGGUAACUUCACUGUUGCGCAUUAUGAUAUUGCUGGUCUGCAGUGGAAGCAGUACUUGGAUGAUAAUGCCAAAGAGUCUCCUGUUCCAACGUCUUUGACAUUGGAAUAUGAUGCUUAA